AUGGACUUUAAAACUAGAUAUCAACUAAAGUUGCUUAGCUCCGAACUAAGCCCUAUAGAAAAAGUCCUUAAUAACGAAUUAAAUGACACUCAAAGGCUGCUCAGUCAAAACGAAAAUUGAUUAUUUAAUCCUGAAAAAUGAAAAUCCCUAAGGCAUAUUCUUAUUAUGAACCAAGCCAAUAAUCUAAAAGCAGAAGAAAAUUUUAGAAAAGCUUGCUUUUUAUAUAAGGAAAGCUCUAUUUCCAGCUCGGAAAUAACUGAAGCUUUUCAAGAAUAUGUUAGAGCUUAUAAUCAGCUCACAUCUCUUUAUCUUAUCCGUAGACUUAAUAAAACAGUCAAUUUGAUUGUUUAUAAUACUGAAAACGAAAUAGAAGAAGUGAAAACGCUCGGGACUCCAGAAAUAGACAGCACGACAUGCCUAGCUCGAUUGCCAAAUGGCGAUCUAUUCUGUUUUGGUAAUUAUGAACUGUCAGGGAUUAUAGUCAAGGAACAAUUUUGAAUCGUCCUGGGCCAAAAGCAUCUCAGCACCUUCUCAGUUGGAUAAACAAUUUGGAGAGCCAAUCGAGGAGCUACCUAACACACUUGAUAUGAGAUAUUAAGUAAUCUUGAGUUUCUAUAGCCAAGGCGAUCCUUAAUCAUUCCUGGGCUACACCUUAAUAAUUGAUAAUAAUCAUAGAAUUCGAUUGCUGCCAUCUGGAACGCCUUGCAAAUACUCGUCAGCUAUUUAUUAUAACAGAAAUGUCUAUUGCUUUGGAGGAUAUAACCACAAUAGCCCACUAUUUUUGUCGAGUAGAUUUAAUAUAGAAAAAAAGCGGUGAUUUAAAUUGCAUCCAAUGCCAUUAAAAGAUUAUAGCUGCAAUAGUGUUAUAUUUAAUGGGAAUAUAUUAAUUUCUGGAUUGAAAAACACUAAUCUUUUGGUAUACUCAGUUUAUGUAUCCUCUUUUUCAACGAUUCCUUAUAGCUUUACUGAACAUAUAGCAAAGAUCUUGAUAAGUACAGCAGAAAGGCUGUAUUUGAUUGAGUGUCCGAAUGGAUUAAUCUAUGAAAGCGGGAUUAAGGAUGAGUACAAUUGGGAUAUCAUAGGAAAUUCUUCAAUAAAGAGCUGGACUGCCCAAGUGUAUAGUUCAUAUAAUAAAGGCGUAAUUUAUAUCAUAACAGAUAUUCAGCCAAGAUAUUACAAAUUUGAUUUAGAGAAAAGACAGUUUAUUAACUUUUAA